AUGCAUGAGAAUAGCAACAGUAGCAGCAGUAAUAGUCUGGUACGAGGUACAAGCUGCGAAUCGGCCGCCUCUGACUGGCGCCAGCCAAAUGGUGCUCCUCGCAUGUACCACCACCUCGUUUUCACUCAACCUCAACCCAUGACCCCUUGGCAGCCUCGACCUCUCGCCUCUCGCAACGACACUGCCAGCACGGACAUUGAGGGAGACUCGACGCGGCUCGACGCGAUACCCGACGCAGAGCUUGACCGACCCGUUUGCCGCAGCUGCAACGCCGAGCUCGUCGUGAAUUGCGUCGUCAUUCGUUCACGGCCGCUUCGAACUGCCCUUGCGCCAAGGGAGAGACGGCGACAGAAGGCCGAGGCGCACCGGGAUCCACAUAUCACACUUUUGCCCUUGGAAUCUUCUUUCGCGAGCUGGGCUUGUUGUGAGGGAAACACUGGAAGCUUAACGCACUGGAUUUCGUCUGCCCGCCGCUUCUCUUGGCUCAAUCUGCCGCUCGAAUCGACUAGUCUAGCUACGCAGGCCUCUACAGUUGCGAUGGCCUCUGAUUCGGAGAUGGACGUGGACGCUCCUCGCGUCAAUGGCACGGCAGCUGGCACCAUUGAGGACCUCGCUUUCGCCGCUGUCCACCCAUCGACCCCUCAAGAGACAGGACCUCUCAGCCAAACAACGCUACCGUCCACCGAGAUCCCAGGAUCGCCAAUUGACCCAAACCAGUCAUUUAAAACAGAGGUCAUCGACGAUAGGCCGGCCAUUGCGGUUAUUCCGUCGUCCAUGACCCCGCCGCCCUCCACGCAGGUCGCGGCAAGCAAUGGCGCCUCGAGACGUGCCUAUUCCAACUCUCAGCAGUCGGCCCUCUUUUCGCCGCCCGCUACCAUUCUAAACACCAUGCGUGGACGAGAUAUCGAACCCGAAUUCGCGCCGCCAGCACCUCACCAGCUGCUCGAGGCUUCGGCGGACGAGCUUCGCGCCAUGCUGCAGACUUGCAUCGCCGAGAACCAGAAACUAAAGAUGGAGGCUGCACAUCACAAACUACAAUAUAACCUGCUGAGCUUACAAGCGGACGAGGACUCAAAACGUGCCGCGGUGGAACACGACAUGAUACGCCGCGAAGUGGACGCCUUACGCAUGGCGGAGCAUUCUCGGCAGGCGAAGCGCGAGCUCAGCUCCGGAUCAGAGUCUCUGCAGAACAAGUACCUGCAGAUGAAGAUGUGGUACGAAUCAGCAGUGGAAGAGAAUGAAGCCCUCAGCCGGAGAGUCAAGCUGGCCAAGAAGGUCAUCCAACAGAAGGAGGAGGAGACUAUGUCUCUGGCAGAGGAGCGAGAGAUGCUACUGAACCGAAUUCGGGAGAAUCGCGAGCACUUUCAUAUGCUAUGCAGCCCCGGAGGCAUCUUCCAUGGCGCUCUGACGCCCAAACAUGGGAUUACAUCGACACCGCAGCAGCAUCGCGGGGCGGCUCGCACUCUGCACCGGGAAGAGACUGAUGGGCGGGAACACGGAUUGUCUGCCCUUUUGGAGGCAAUGAGCCAGAGCCAGACGCAAGAAAACAACAACGCUGCCAACAACAACAGUGCGCCAUCAACACCCAUGGUCAUGGCUCGACCUGCUUCUCGGCUGGUUAGGAGGCACCAACGUAACGCCCAGUCCAUGUCGUCACUUCCCACUACUCCCAUGCAUAAUCUGCGUGGAGACCACAGCGGUCUAUUGCCGUCAGUAAAUCUGGUGGCGCAAACGGAGCCGAGAUCUCGCUAUUCACAACGACGAUUUGUUCCUACAACUCCACCCUCUCAGCGACAAUCACGAAGAAGAAGACGAGAAAGCACAAUCUCAAUGGAGGACAAUGAAGAGCUUGCUCGGCAAGCCCUGGAAUCGGUCAAAGCAGUACAGACACUAUCAUCUCAGCCGUCUGGAGUUGUUCCAGCCGGGGGCCCAAUCAGCUCACAAGAAGACGAGGAGCAAGUCUAUGACAGCCAGGCGAGUCGAGCAGCGGCAAAGAUGCUGCGACAAUACCCCGGGGCGCCGUCAUUGGAUGCCUCAGAAGGACCUGCUGAGAAGUCUGCAGCCAUGCAUGCCAAGCUCUUUACUGGAAGCAAAUCUGCAGCUGGGGCUGAGAAGCGCAAGCUGGCUGCUGAAGGCGAGACUCAAGCGGACAGCCCACAAAAGAAAUUGAAAGCUGGUGGAGCGGCAUCAGAUGGCCGUCGUGUUGGGCUGGGUAUUCAAUACUAGUAGGAAUGGGGAGAAGGGCAGACGAAUUCUGGUCAUGUUGGAUCAGAUUGAAGCGAAUUAUUUAAGAGAUAUCCCCUAGUCGGCACAUGAUUGGAAAUCUUUGCUUAUUGUGUUUUAUAGCCGAAUUGUUCUUCUCUUUGACGAAUGAUGACUAUAUUUGUUUGAACUGAGUUUGGUUGAAAGUGGCAGUAGCACGAGAUGGGACGCGGCUGUUGCUGUCGGAAAGAAAUCGGAUAAGGGACGACUAAAAGGGCGGUAGGGCUGGGAUCAAACAGCACAGCACAGCACGGGGACUAUACUGUACGAGCAUUUUCGAUAUAUACUCUUCGAUAUAUACUCUGUUUAAGAGUGAUGAGUAAACAGAGUUGGCAUUAAUUGUCCAACGAGCAGGAGAAUAAAGACUGGAAUACUUUUUGGAUA